UUUAAAAAAAAAAAAAAAAGGCUGAUAUCAUAGAAGCAGGGAAUAGAACAGAUGGUUACCAGAGACUGGGGAGGGAGGGGAAGAUGGGGUCAGCAGGUACAAAGCUACAAUGAGACAGGAGGAGUGAAUUCUGGUGCACUGUUGCACAGUAGGGAGGCUAUGGUUAAUGGUAAAAUACUGUAUUUUAUAAAAUAGCCAGGAGACGGGUGUUUGAAUGUUCUUAUCACAAAUAAAUGAUAAAUACAUGAGUUAAUGGAUAUGCUAACUACCCUGAUUGGCUCAUUAUACAACAUAGAUAUGUAUCAAAACAUCAAAUUGUGCCCCAUAAAUAUGUGCAGUUACAAUGUCAAUUUUAAAAGUAAAAUUAAAUAGACUCCCUCUUUUUAAUUUAUAUCAAUAUCUGUAUUUUAUCUAUAUUUAGGACUUGAUGAGAAUUUGUAGCUUGAGGUAAAGUUAGAAUGUAUUUGGAGUAGAAUGUAUCUUGAGAUUUUUUAAUAUCUGCACAUGCUACACAUCAAACCACUUUAGUCAAAAUAUUUGUUCAGUGGGAAAAAAAUCAGUGAAAAUAAAUUAUAUCUCUUAGUCCAAACAGAAAGUAAUUGACUGAUCUAUUUCCUCCCUUCUCAAAACACCAUCAACUGUAAGAUGUAACAUCAAAUUACUAACAGGUAAAGAGGAAAAACAAGACAUGACAUUAAAUGCACACUUUGAUUCCAGGAAUGUUAAAAUGUGUAGGGAAAAAAACCCUACCAGUACAACCAUGCAUCUUGGGAUUAAGCCAGUGCAGAAUUUCACUCACUGGGUGUUAUGGUGUUUUGCAGCUGGUGGAGGCUAGGUAGGACUAAUUUUAUUAAUGUAAUUAAACAAAAUUUUUUAUUAAUGCACAUGGGCAGAACUAGUGAAUAUUGAAGACACAUGUUUUCUCAAGCCCAUCAGUUUAUUUUUGUAUUCUUUAACAAAACAAUAAAAAAGAAACCAAAAUCAUGGACAAUUGGGGAGGUACUAUACAUGGUGAGCCUGGAGCAUCUUGUAGGGCUGGAAAGUGAGGAAGUACUUAAAAAUAAACAAACAAAAAGCACUGAUAGGAGUAUGUGAGAGGAGCACAGAAACCAAUGGUAAGAACUCCCAGUGGCCAAACCUGGAAGAGUUUGCGCAACAGUUUAAUUUGAGUACUGUUGAAUUAAAAUGCAAAGCCUAAAGUAAAUAUGCACACAGCCAUACUGGUAUGAAUAAAUGAUCGAAUACAUUAAUAAAUUUGUAGAAGAGACAAAUCUUCCAUGCAGAAGGAUUCCAAAUAAUUUAUAUAAACACUCUACCUUGAAGGACUUUAUUCCAAAGAGUAUGGUAUAGAAAGGUGGGGAGGAGCAGGGAGCAACUUUACAAUGGAGAAACCCGACACCCACUGCCUCAGCCAGGUGAUCAAGGCCAACAUCAACAGUACUAAAUCAUGUUAAUAGUACAUACAUCUGAUGCGAUGUGAUUAAAAUGGCACUUCACCUGUGUGACCCUCCUCCAAAUAACACAUAACCCCAGUCUUAAGGGGAAAAACACCAAACAAAUCCCAAUUGUAGCACAGUCUACAAAAUACCGGACUAGUAUUUCUCAAAACUGUCCUCAAAAACAGGGAAAGUCUGAGAAACUGCCCCAACCAAGUGUAGCAUAAGAAGACACAAUGACUAAAUGUAAUGUGGAGUCUUGCAUGGGAUCCUGGAACAGAUGAAGGACACUAGGUAAGAACCAAGGACAUCUGAAUUAACUGUGGACUUUAGUUAAUAAUAAUGUAUCACUAUUGCUUUAUUAAUUGUUACUUAUGUAUCAUACUGAAUAUAAGAAGUAUUUAAUAGGGAAGAUUGGGUAUAGGAUAUACGGGAACUCUGUACUGCCCUCUCAAUUUUUCUAUAAAUCUGUUAACUGUUCUGAAAUGUAAAGUGUAUUAAAAUUUUUAAAUGCCUAAACAGAAAAAAAAUAAAUCAUGGACAGAAAGCCAGGUUAGGGAUUUUAAUGGAAAAUUAUGAAGCAUUUUAUUAAGGCCUUUAAAAAUUCCAUACAGAACACGGCUUAAGCAGAACAUAUGCAGCUGCUUAGUUGAAAAAUGGAACUGGCAGCUUUACUCAGAAUCUGACACUUCUAAAUACAUUCAAAUUGAGUCAUUAUUAUUUUUCAUCUACGUAGUAUUUUGUUUUUCCAAAGUUCUUGCAAUUUCUGACUCUGAGAUGGCAAAAUUUUACCAUUAUUCCUAUUUUAAAGCUAAUGCCAUGUCUAUAGCUUGGACAGCCAUUUUGACUCAACUGUCUAAGCUAAAUGUCAAUUCAAUCAGAAAACCAGCCAUCAGCUGUCAGAUGGUAAAAGAGUUAUGUGUGUUUUCAAAGCCAGAAGUGCAGUCAUGUGGUGAGACUGCAGGGUUUUACUGUUGUCCACAGCUGAGUCCCAGGACUGGUUUCCUUACUCCGUACUCUCACAUGGAAAACUUCAUUGGGGAAUUAUAGGGUAAUAUUUUCAAGACUAGGAACUUGUUCACAGUUACCUUUCUAAAAAACAAAAACAAAAAAGACCUUUAAAAGCAUUUUUAAAAAAAAAAUUAUGCCAGGGUAGCCAAACAGAAACAACUUUGGGGUUUUUGCACUGAGUCAAGUCUUACAAAUUGUGGAACAUUCCCCUUGGUCCAGGACAUCAUUUUACUCCCACUCACCACUUCCUAUACCCACAAAUUCCAGUAUGUUUGGACCUUGCUGGUGUCUCAGGGAAUCACAAAAAGAAACAGGAAGGCACCAGCGAGCAGAACAAGAAAGCUAGACAUGGUGCCGUUGGGCUUGUGGCUUAGUCCCUGCCCCACCUCUCCUCCAGCCUCUCCAGCCGUACAGGGCAGAGAGGGUCACAGCCGGCACUCUUCUGGUGCUCUUGCCAGGCCUACAUCACAGCCCCCAUGGCCAGGACUCACACGCUCCCAGGAACCCAGCGCCGUCCGGGAGGAAGAUGAUGCCCAGCCCUUUCAAAGGAAAUUAAAAGUCUGGCACAUGUUGGAGCUCAGCAGGAGGGAAAUGUUUCCCAGUUAUUUAGCCCUGGAAGGCUGAGAAUCAAGUGGUUUUGUUUUCCGAACCGACAGUUGGGGCACACUAUCUGACAGCAUGACCACAUGUGAACUUGAGACAGUUCCAGGAAAUUUGGGGUGUGUAGCCGUGGUUGCUGCAGGAUCCAAAAAUAUGAACAAAAGCCUGAGUGUCCUCCUUUGAUGGUGGUGCCCUCCAGAGAGGAGUGUGGGGACAUCCUGGGUGCAGCAGCAUCGAGGGCCCUUCCUCAGCAGCCUCGAGGGUGGCAGUACCAGGGGCUGUCCUGAUGACAGCAGAGACCCAAGCCCAGGACUCCUCUGUGAACUCUCAGCCCUUUCUCAGCUGCUGAACUCCAGCCUCAAGAUGGGCGACCCUGGGGCUGAAGACUGUCUCUCCCUUCCUCCUUCACCUUCCUCUUUAGUCAGGAGUGCCUGGAAUCUAGGCAUGAUUACCCCUGGCUUAUGUCCUCUUUACCUGUGUCCUGGGAACACCCAAAACAAGCUGGAGGAGACAAUCAUUUCUGCAGACACAGGGUUACCCCCAUGUGAAGCAAGCAGCAAAUCGAUCUUAUCACAUGCCUCUGACCGGUUAGGGAGGCGAGUCAAGAAGGUGCAGUGAGGAAGUGUAAUGUCACAUGCAACAUUUACAGGAAACUGGCUAGAAGACAGCAGGGGAACUCAAGAACUUGGGUGUUUUCAGCGGAUUAAAACAACACAGCAAAGGAGGAAGGAACAAACAACAAAUUAAUCAGACAGGAAGAGAAUAACCACAGAAGGACGUCUGCCUCUGACUCAGUAUGUCACGUUUAACAAGAGGCCAGAGCUUGUCCAAAAUGGCUGUCCAAAAACGACCCCACACUUGCAUUAGAAGAUGAUGCCUCUUUCAGGGACAGUUUUCUCUCCUGGCGCCUGGCGCACUGGCUCUCUGUCUGCCUGUGUCCCUGACCAUGGCUCCCUGCAGUACCCUUUAACGGUUUAUCAGCAAAACUGUUGAACGCGUAACUGCCCAAGAUGCCCGUCCCUCCCCCUCCAGCACCCCCGCCGCCCCCAACAUUUGCACUGGCCAAUACAGAGAAGCCUACCUUGAAUAAGACAGAGCAGGCUGGGAGAAAUGCUCUCCUUUCUGAUAUCAGCAAAGGGAAGAAACUAAAGAAGACGGUCACCAAUGACAGAAGUGCACCAAUAUUGGACAAACCUAAAGGAGCUGGAGCUGGAGGUGGUGGUGGCGGUAGCGGCUUUGGUGGAGGCGGUGGAUUUGGCGGAGGAGGUGGUGGCGGAGGCAGUGGAAGUUUUGGAGGGGGUGGACCUCCAGGUCUGGGAGGAUUGUUCCAGGCUGGAAUGCCGAAGCUGAGAUCCACGGCCAACAGGGAUAAUGAUUCUGGAGGAAGCCGACCACCAAUUUUGCCACCAGGAGGAAGAUCCACAUCUGCCAAACCUUUUUCGCCCCCAAGUGGCCCAGGGAGGUUUCCAGUGCCUUCUUCAGGCCACAGAAGUGGUCCCCCAGAGCCUCAGAGGAACCGAAUGCCACCCCCGAGGCCCGAUGUGGGCUCAAAACCCGAUAGCAUUCCCCCUCCAGUACCUAGUACUCCAAGACCCAUUCAGUCAAGUCUGUACAACCGGGGGUCCCCACUAGUGCCCGGAGGCCCCAGGCAGCCCAGCCCCGGGCCCACUCCUCCUCCUUUCCCUGGAAACCGUGGCGCUGCUUUGGGAGGAGGCUCAAUGCGUCAGUCCUCCUCUCCCUUCUCCAACCGGCCUCCCCUGCCACCUACCCCCAGCAGGGCCUUGGAUGACAAACCCCCUCCGCCACCUCCUCCAGUGGGCAACAGGCCCUCCAUCCACAGGGAAGCGGUUCCCCCUCCUCCCCCUCAGAACAACAAGCCUCCAGUGCCUUCCACUCCGCGGCCUUCCCCCUCCUCACAGGCCCCACCUCCACCGCCACCUCCCAGCCGGCCUGGGCCUCCUCCCCUGCCUCCAAGUUCCAGCGGCAGUGACGAAAUCCCAAGACUCCCACAGCGAAAUCUGUCCCUCACUUCGUCCACACCCCCCUUACCUUCGCCAGGACGUUCAGGUCCUCUUCCUCCCCCACCCAGCGAGAGACCCCCACCUCCAGUGAGGGACCCACCAGGCCGAUCAGGCCCCCUCCCACCACCUCCUCCAAUAAACAGAAACGGUAGCACGUCUCGGGCCCUGCCUGCCACCCCUCAGUUGCCGUCCAGGAGUGGAGUAGAUAGUCCCAGGAGUGGACCCAGGCCUCCCCUUCCUCCUGACAGGCCCAGUACUGGGGCACCUCCCCCACCUCCACCAGCAACAUCUAUUAGAAAUGGCUACCAAGACUCUCCAUGUGAAGAUGAGUGGGAAAGCAGAUUCUACUUCCAUCCGAUUUCCGAUUUGCCACCUCCAGAGCCAUAUGUACCAACGACCAAAAGUUAUCCCAGUAAAUUGGCAAGAAAUGAAAGCCGGAGUGGAUCCAACCGAAGAGAAAGGGGUGCUCCACCACUCCCUCCCAUCCCGAGGUGAUCUUUGCCUGCUCUCCUCUACCCGAGCUCAAGAGCUGCUUCUGUUGCUAUCGAAGAACUGCACACCCUCCUCCGCGCUUCUUCCCUUGUGCCCCUCUUAUGGGUAGGAAGAAAGGUGGGAGGGUAAGUGGGAAUAUGUGUGUGUGGGGUGGGAAUUGGUAAGAAAUGCACCUAGCUUUUCAUAUUGUGUUUAUUCUCCAGUCUAUUGCUUGCUUCAGCUGUAGCCGGCCUGUGCUGGCUGCCUGGGUCGAUGGGCUUUUGUGGAAAUAGGCAGAGAUGAAUUGCAUCUCUGCUUUCGACCAACCAAAUUCAGACAUUCACUGCUUAUUUGCUACAGACUGUAAUUAUUAAAGUCCCUGAGAGCUGUUUUCUCCUUUCCUUUUUCGCAUGCUUGGCCUCCUAUGUCCAUGAACCACAAACCACCUAAGCAAGUUGCUGAGUUUCACAGGAAACUUUUGCAGUCACAGGAUGUCCAACCUUCAGCAGUCUGAGCUCGGCUCUAGGACAGAGCUGUCCAAUAGAAAUAUAAUGUGAGCCCCAGAUGCAAUUUUUAAAUUUCUAGUAUAUUUUAAACAAGUGAAGUUAAUAUUUUAUUUAACCCUAGACAUCCAAAAUAUUUCAACCUGUAAUCAACAUAAAAAUUUUAAUGAGAUAUUUUAUAUUCUUUCUUGGUACUAAAUCUUCAAAAUCCAGAGUAUAUUUUAUACUUACAGCACAUCUCCAUUCAGACUAGUCACAUUUUUAAGUGCUCAGUAGCCACAUGUGGCUGGUGGCUACCGUAUUAGCACGAGUCUGGAAGAUGGAAGCUAGUGCAGAAACCUCUUGUUUCAAAAACAAAAAAAGGCAAGAUGAGCUUGAGCGAUUCAAGAGGCAACUAAAAAUAAAAUUAGGACCCAGCGCCUUGUUUUUAACAGACAGUUCGACCUUCGAUUUUGCUCCCUUAUUUUCUCUCUUCCCUUAAUAUCUGUAUACAAGUGUUGCUUCACGGUACCAAGGUCAAAACUGAUGGAGUACGGUUUACUGAGGUCAUGUGGAAUAAAGCCAUUGGAAAGAAACAGAAAGCCUGUCAGGGCUUCUGGGCUCAGAACCAGCUGGCCCCACACGCUCACUUGUCAGUUGGACUUGUGCCUUGUGAAUUGGAAGCAGCUUUUGUUCCUCUCCGGCUGAGCAAGCUCCUGAGGCUAGGAGAGACUAGGAAGGUUUGGUAGGAGGGGAAGAAAGUCAGGGAAAGGUAUCAAAUCAGAAACAUGGAAGAGGGAACAGAUUUGAGUUGGUGGGCAAAACUCUAAAAAUCUAAAUCUGAUGCUUACGUAAGGGUGGAGCAAAUUAGGGAGAUUGCUAGUGGAAUUCCUGGUAGAAAUUGGAGGGAAUCUGUUUUGCAUUAUUUGUCUAGGAUCUAUGCAAGUACAUCUCCACUAAAGGACCAUAGGGAAGGGCCAGCCUUGCCUUUUUUUUAUAUGAUUUUGUUUACACUUUUUCUGAGAUUUUAAAUCUAGCUAUAGAGUAGGGGAAAAAAUAUUUCCACUUAGAUAUUUUAUAUGGUUAUGUUUAAAAUUACCAUUACUUGUUUUUUAAAAACACAUGACCACAUAUGUAUAUGUAUAUCUACCUAAACAUUGUAUCAUGGUUUCAGUGUGUUAUUCAUGUAUUACUGGGAGAUGCUAACAAGAAACCAACCCAAAGAAAAUCCUGAAAGAUGCAUUUCUAUUUAUAAAAUAAAUGUUUCAUUUAUAUAAAAGAAAAAGAACUUAAGAGUUCUAAUAAAUGGGAUGUCUAAUAAAUUAUGAAGUUACUGAUUUGAAUAUAUUAUAUUUUUAUAACUUCCUGGCCAAAGUCCUAGAUUUAGUACAUUAGAGAAUGUGUUUCCUCUCUCCUUUACCAUUCAUCUGUCUUCCAUAUAGUCAUUUGGACUUUUUACUCAAAGAGAGUCAAGAAAUAGUAAGGUGUAACAAGCUUGGCCAAGUGUUGGUUUAAAAAAAAUUUUUAAUCUCUAGCAUUUUGGUAAUUUAGCAGCAUCAUUUAUUUGCAAUUCUUUGAUCUGAUUUCAACAGUGAAAAACAUCCUUAUGAUAAAGCCAAAUGACCCACUUCACAAUAGAUGGAGUUUUCCCUUCCUAGAAAAUAUGGCAAAGAAAAGUCUGACCCAAAGAAAGUGGGUCUGAAUUUUAUAAGUGGUAGUAAGAAUUGGACAAUUCCUUUAUAUAUCUCAACUUUGCCGGUACCAUUCUAAAUCUGAAACAGAGUCAGAGCCCAAAGUUGCCAUUCGUCUGGAAUAAAGAUGUUUUAGUCUGUAUUUUUUAAGUGAAUGUUUCUUUAAUACACCUACACCCUUUCUUUUAAAGUUUGCAACCUAAUUGCAUCUAAAACUUUGAAUAAGUUCUGUGGUAAAAUCUUAAACUAUGGAAAAUCACAAAAAUGAAUAUUUUCUUCCCUGAAAUCAGAGCUUACAUGUGUGUUUUUUCCAUAAAAUUUCCAGAUAAAUGUAUUCAAUAUGUAAUACGGUAUUUUAACAUUCACCUAUUAUUUUAUAUUGAAAUGUAUUGCAGUAUUAAAACUCAGUGUUCAGUAUUUAUUUCACUAUGCAUUUUAUUUAGUAAAAGCCAAGAAAAAUGUUUAAUAAUCCAAUGGUGCCUUACUUUGUGAUUUAAAAGAAAUCAAGUUUUUUUAUGUCUAAGUAGCAGAUUGUUUGCAUAUUUGUAAAAACUGUUAGGUCUUUAUAUUUUAAAUUGUAAUACAAGUUUUGUUUAUUUUAGUAGCAGAAAUGGGAUGAUUGUUAAAGUUCCCAAAAAAAUGUUGGCAUGAAAUUAAUUUUUCCCUCCAUAUAGUCAAAAACUCUAGAGGAAGAAAAAAAAAUUUUCAUACCAUGCACUAUGUAAACAGACACAUUUUGGUAUCUGUGUCAUCAGGAUAAUGUAAAUGGUAGCAUAGAGACUACCCUAGACAUCUGGAUCUUUGUAAGUUAGCCAGACAAUAAAUAAAAGCAGAAUGAUAUGGUGUCAA